CGUCACCACUCUCGACCUGUAAAUUCACGAGUGCGCGUUUCCUCUCGGAGACCGUCCCGUCAAGAGAGGGGACACAGCGACGCGCCAUGGGGACUACUUCAUGAAGGACAAUAAACCAGAUGUAUUUUCCCGUCUGUGUGGGCUGGUGUAGUGGAGCUGGACGCGCCGACCCGAGGAACAUCGCUGUGCUGGUGCCGUUGUUGUUAACGUUAACCCCGCGGCGGCCAACAUGGCUGAGGAUGACUGCGAGUGGGUUGUAGAGAGCAUCGUUGGCUACUUGGGAAGUCCCGAAUGGGUCAUUCCUGUCACGGACUUUAUGGAAAACAAAUGCACAGUUUUUGAUGACGAAGAUGAAAAUAAGUUAUCAUACACAGAAAUCCAUCUGCAGUAUAAGAAACUGGUGGAGAAGCUGUUAGAUAAUUACAUGCAGGAGGUUGGCAUCAACGAGCAGCAGUUUCUGGAUGCCUGCACCUCUCCUUUUGCCAAGUCUAAAACACUGCAGUCGGUGUUCCAGCCAGUUCUGGCUACAGAUGACUUUCAGGUGUUUCGCUCACUGAUGGUCCAGAAAAACAUGGAACUGCAGCUUCAAGCCCUCAGAGUCAUUAAAGAAAGGAACGGGGCCCUCCCAGAGUGUCUGACUGAUGGUGUGGACGUGAUGACAGAGUUGCAGCAGCAAGAGAUGAAAAUCCUGCAAGAGGUUCUCAAAAAGUCAAAAGAGGAGUAUGAUGAGGAAAUGUCCAGGAGGCUGCUAUUAGAGGGGGAGGUUGGUUCCACCUCCAGCAGCUGCUCUGAUAAGCCAAUGGCAGACAGCAGUGAAGCCCAGAAUACCACCUCUGCUCCCAGCCAACAAAGCAAUACUGCCAAGGCCAAAGCUGAGGGGAAUGGUGACAGCCGCAGCAGUAACGGUCACCACACCCCACUAGUGAAUGGAAACACGGCCACUGAUUUUAAUCUGGUCAACGGCAAACCUGUCAGAAAAGAAGAGAGCAAGACGGCUGGAGGAGGAGAUGGGAAAAGUGCGGCUAAGAGCAGCUCCACAUCUAAACCCACACCAGGUUGUGGCAGUAAUGGUGUAGAGUCCAGAGUCCUUCCAGCAGUGAGAGCUCCAGUAAAGUCUGGUGUAUCAUCGGUGAGCCUCAGUCCAGACACCAAGGAUCAGAGCAGCAGCCAGACUGCCGCCGAGGCGUGGCUGGAGGAGGCACACAGGGAGGCUGGCUUCUCUAAGCCAUAUACUGAAUUGUCGGCGUCUCAGCAGGAGCAGCUCCAGCAGAGGGCAGCAUAUCUGCGUCAGCAGCGAGACAAACUGCAUGCGCUGAAAAAAGAACAGCAGAAACCCCUGCAGACGCCCACACCAGAGGAGGCACCCACCACAGCCCCGGAGGCAGUGGGCCAGUCCCAGAGGAAUGGGGCCUGUACCCCUCCUCCUCCUCCCCAUCCUCCUCCAGCACAUCACUCUGCUAACUCCUCCAAACCGAAGGAGAUAUCUGCAGAGGAGAGGAAGAAGCUCCAGAAGAGAAAACAUCUGGCUGACAAGCUGAAAGAGGAAGUGAUUAAGAAAUGACUUCUCGUCCAACUGCAAUAUUCUCAUUUAUAUCUUACAUCUGUUUACUGUUAAUCAAACACAUGGCUUCCUUUACACUACUCCUUCAGCCAGAUAAUUCACUUCCUGUAACACAAAUCAGGGUUUUUCCAAAGAGAGAUAAAAAGAAUCAGAUCUUCCUUCUGCAGAGUUCUUUCCAUUGCUGUCUAGAGGAAGAAGGUACACCUCCUUUUAUAUUAUGGAUGUACCAGUAUGUGUUGCAGUCUCCACUCAUAAGAAAGCACUCAAAUAUUCUGUUACACAGUUGCAUGUGUGUGACUGAGGUUCAGAAAAUGGCAGCAGACUGAAAAGCACAUGGAUCAGUCAGGACAAUGUCACAAGGCUUCCUGAUGGCUUUUAGCUGAUUUUUACUUUACAGCACUAGAAACCUGAGCUGUGUCACUGGGUGCACAAUAUUUCCUUUAAUGACACUUUGCAGUGUCCUAAUUGUAAGGGCAUAAAAUCCCAUAUUGGAAUAAAAAUGUUUUCACAGAAUGUACACUACCUGCUCAGAAAUCUUACAAUGCAGUGCUUCACUAUUGAUAAUGUGUAAAUGUUAAUUAUGCAACACUACACUGGUCAGUAUGAGGUAAUGAAAACCAUUUUUCUGCUCAAUUUAUUAUGUAGGAAACGCACACUAGCACAAGUGUACAGUCUCAUUUUUCCAUUGUUGUUAGCAUUCCCAGAGGGAAGAGUUAGCUGGUACAUCAUAUAGCUGAUAACACUGUAGCAGCUCAUCCUAGUCAAAGAGCACCGUGGAAGUUGUCCUUCAUGUGUUCAUUAAAAGGGGCCAAGAGAACAGUAUGUCGCUUUCUACAAGGAAUUCAGUAUUUCAUGUAUGCCGUUUAAUAAAUCACAUUUUAUAGAAACGA